AAGUAGGCAAUUAAGGUAGUGAGUGACUGUACAAAGGCGUCUACAGUACCUAGGCAACUUGUACCUGGAUCUGAAUCGCACAUCUCGUCGCGAGCUUCUAGAAGCCUUCUUCUGUCUCUCUUGUUCCAGCUCAUCUUGGUUUGAGCGCAGCCGAGCACGUACUGAUUGUACGCCAACAUCGAGCAGCGGCCUCUGACAGCAGUCUAGCCGCCCGAAUCGUCGUCGCGCGCCGGUUGUACCAGACCAAAACUGCGACCGCCGCUCCAGUUUUCCCCCCUGGCGUCGGCUUGUUGGUCCCCGGUUCGCCUCUACCAUCUAAAAUCCGAGGGUGCACCGAUUUGACUUACAAAUGCAUGCCAGGCCCGCUGCCCUCGAGCCUGCCCGCUGAUACUACAAGACAAGGACGUCGCCUCGUGCCUGUCGUCGCCCGUCUUACAGCAGGCUGCUGCGUCGUGCGACCUCACUCACGCUGCCGCUGUCCGAAAGAAACAAGGUGACACGAUCCCGACCCUGCUCUGCUCUGUUCUAGGAGCUUGUCGACCUCGCCAGUGCUGUGACACGCCGACACCAGCCAACCGGCCAUCACCUCGCCUUCUCUUCCUCCCCUCUUCGGAGCAGCCUCGUGCGGCCCCCCCCGCCGCCCACCAUGGAUAUCGUGCUCGAGCUCACCGACACCUUCAUUGCCGACUAUGCCUACGCCUACUUUGCCCCUGCGCGUUCGGCCCCUUAUGACUUCCCCCACGCCACGACCGCCAAUGCCUCGGCGCAGAGCUUCUCAACGUGGACCUACAAGCCUGCCACCAAGUUCCUUCAGGUCCAGCCCUCCCAGGCCGCUUACACCACCUCGAUGCCUCGUGAUGAUCCGUUGCGCCAGCUCAUAACCCUCUUUUGGAUCACCUGGAUCUUUGGUAUCAUAGUCUACUUCAUCUUCGCCACGCUGUCAUACUUCCUCAUCUUCGAUAAGCGCACUCUCGACCACCCCAGGUUCCUCAAGAACCAGAUCUGGCUCGAAAUCAGGCAGGCCAACAAGUCGAUGCCCUUCAUGGCCGUCUGCACCGCACCCCUUUUCCUCCUCGAGGUCCGCGGCUACGGCAAUCUCUACGACACCACCGACGAGGGGCCCGGCAUGUGGUACAACAUUCUCCAGUUCCCGCUCUUCUUGCUUUUCACCGACUUCUGCAUCUACUGGAUCCACCGCUCCCUGCACCACCCCCUCGUUUACAAACACCUCCAUAAGCCGCACCACAAAUGGAUUAUGCCCACGCCCUACGCCAGUCAUGCCUUCCACCCCUUGGACGGUUUCGCCCAGUCGCUACCCUACCACAUCUUCCCCUUCAUCUUCCCUUUCCAGAAGGUAGCCUACGUCUUCCUCUUCGUCUUUGUCAAUUUCUGGUCCAUUCUCAUCCACGACGGUGAGUAUCUCACCAACAACCCCGUCGUAAACGGUGCUGCCUGUCACUCGCUGCACCACUCCCGCUUCGAGGUCAACUACGGCCAAUUCUUCACGGCCUUUGACCGCCUCGGUGGCACCUACAGAAUGCCCGAGGCGUGGAUGUUCGAAAAGGACAAGAAGAUGUCCCAGAAGCAGUGGAAGAAGGAGUCGGUCACUGUCGACGAGUUCGUCAAGGAAAUCGAGGGCGAUGACGAGCGCACCUACGGUCCUGAUAUCGUCGCCAAGAAGACCAAGUAGUUACUCUCACGGCACGUGACGAUGUAGACCUUGGGGUCACAUUGGGUCUUGAGUCGCGCCCGCAAGGCGUCACACUGAUCGUCAUCUGAUAUUGGGCAUUCUGGCAGGCUUGCCUAGGCAGGAACCAACGACCACGGAUCAAAGCCAAUCUUUCAUGUACAUAUAUAGCAUUGUCAGAUCCCCGGAGGAAGUCUGGCCAUGGUGCUGAGACUGUAGGGAGGCAGGAUCACGGCGUUGUCAUGAGAUACGGAACCACUGCGAUGACUUGUAUAUUCCAUAGCCGAUUCAAACAGAGAUGCUGACAUCGCUCUUUGUCAGCUCUUAAUACUAAUACGC